UGCUAUUUUUUACCUUACAAAAAUUACCCUAAUUAAGCUCUUCACUCACUGCAUGUAUAUGUAUAUGUAUCUCUAUUUAUAUAAGUAUGCGUGUCUCAUCAUUCUAGUUGCCAAAGUACAAGCAAUCCACUUUAUAAUAGUUUCUUUUUCCAAUCUUUUCAACCAUGACAGACCCAUGCUCCAAUCUCUUCACUGGAUGCUUCAACUUCAUGCCUCUCAAUCCCCAAUACACUUCUUUCAGUGCUCCAACUCCAAAUCACCCAAACCCUUCUUCUCAAGCUCACACAAACAAUAUAAUCUUCAACAAAUCUUCCAUUCAGUGUCAAAGCACACAUCCUCCCUCACCUCCUUGCCAAGAAGCUCUUCCUCUCAUCAAUUAUUUAAGUCCCACGAGGCAAGAAGAGAAUGAACCCUCGAGCAGUUCUAUGGAAGAGGAUAAGAACAUGGAUAAAGAAAGCCUCUUUUCCAGCACUGUUGAUGAUGAAGCUGUAACUGUAGCCCUACACAUAGGCCUACCUAGCCCUAGUUCCGAUCUGAGGUUUAGGCUCUCUCAGUCUGCAGAUGUGACAGACAAUUUAGGAGGGAAUGGUAGUGCAGUUUCUGGGUUUCCCUUAAGCAAGGGGCAGUAUUGGAUUCCUACCCCUACUCAGAUUCUCGUUGGUCCUACACAAUUUUCAUGUCCUGUCUGUUGCAAGACCUUUAAUAGAUAUAACAACUUGCAGAUGCAUAUGUGGGGGCAUGGAUCGCAGUACAGAAAGGGACCUGACUCUCUAAGAGGAACGCAGCCAACCGCCAUGCUAAGACUCCCAUGCUAUUGCUGUGCACCGGGUUGUAAGCACAACAUCGAUCACCCAAGAGCAAGACCUCUCAAAGAUUUCAGAACUCUCCAAACACACUACAAAAGAAAACAUGGAAUUAAACCCUUCAUGUGUAGAAAAUGUGACAAGGCUUUUGCAGUGAAAGGAGACUGGAGAACCCAUGAGAAGAAUUGUGGAAAGAUUUGGUAUUGCCUUUGCGGGUCUGACUUCAAGCACAAGAGGUCUUUAAAAGAUCAUAUCAAGGCUUUUGGUCCUGGUCAUGGGGCAGUUGGCAUCGAUUCUAUUGAUGAAGAUGAUGAACCCGGAUCAGAAUUUGAGCUUGAUGUGAGUCUUCCAUGUUAAAUAAAAUCCAGCUCGCACCUACUAACUACAUUUUUGGUUAGAUUAAGUUGUUGCUUCCUUUUUUCUUUUCCCCCCUUAAAAAUAAAAAAAUUAAGAGCCAUGGCGAGUUGUUCAUAUAUAUAAACAGUGUUUAUCUAUGUAAGUCUUCCCGUGUUUGUUUUCUCUUCUUUGGUUUCACUGAUCAGUUCUGUAAAUCCUUCCACCUUAAACCAAAUGUUGUUCAUCAUUUAUAAGCAAAUGAAUGGUUAUUUUUGGCAUGUAAUAAGCUGAAAAUUAAGUUU